AAAAACAACAAAACUUCUUUGGAUACUUUUCAAUCUUCUCGUUAUGCUUUAUCGUAUUCCAAAUGCAGUUAGACAUGAUUCUAAACUACUCAGGCGUGGAAACACUGAAACGUAUUAUGAAUAUGCCUUCUCUUUUCUUGCAACAAAAUGUGUUUUUGUGAUUUACAACUCAAAAAAUUUAAUAAAUAUGGUGGAAUCACUGAAAUGUUUCUGGCGUGCGGAUAAGUUUGAGAAUGAGUCAUUCGGAAAAAUUCGCAAAAUUUUUAUUAUGGUAACAUAUAUUUGGAAAGGAUAUAUGUUUGUCGUUUGUGUUUUCUGCAUUUACCUAUGCAUUUUACCACUACUUGAUAUUCAAAGUAAAAUGCUUAUAUUGACCAACUUUACGCUCUGCAAUUCGAGAAUCCUUACCUGCUGGUUGGCAAAUUACGUCUGGCAGGUAUUUUUAUUAUGGUUACAGGGACUACCUACAGUCUUAGGAUUUGAUUUAUUGUUUAUUAUUUUCACUGCGUAUGUGUGUGCUGCCAUUAAAUUGCUUAAAAUUGGAUUGACUAAACUUAACACUGAUGAUUUAUAUAAACGAAAGCAUAUUUUACGAAAUAUUAUUAAUCAACACGAUUUUAUGAUGAAUUUUGUGAAUGUGAUGAAUGAUAUGUUCACAACGAUCAUGUUUUUGCAAUUUUAUUGUUCUUUAUGGUCGUUGGUGUUGACACAAUAUAUGAUGGUAGCAGACAGAAUUUAUUAUGGAAGCUACUUAUUUGUAUUUGCGCUACAGUUGUAUCUAUAUGCAUAUAGUGGUGCACUAUUACAAAUUGAGCUUCAAAGUUUAUCUGAUGAUAUCUUCUAUGUUGAUUGGUACAAACAGGAAAGCACAAAAUUGCGCCAAAGUUUAGCUUUAAUGAUUCAACGUACUCAAAAUGCUAAAGUUUUGACAGCUGGUAAAAUUCCUAUUCUGAAUCUAGAACUUUUUGUAAACACACUUAAAAAUUCGUAUUCUGUUUUUACUUUAAUCUGGCAAGUUGCUUCGGCAUCCAAAGACGUUCACGGUUAA